AUGGUCUCCCGCCCAAGUCAAAGGAUUCUGCCCGUCGUGAUCCUUGCGCUCUCGCUGGUUUCAGCGACGAGCGCGUUCAAUGACUGGAGCGUCCCCUGCUUCCAUGGGGAAUGCGCCUACGAUACCUCCUCAAGCAGCGUGGGCUCCGGCACAGUCCAGCUCUUUGGCUCCCCGAAAGGCAUGACGGACAUCACCCCUGCCGCUGGAUGGGUCAUUUUGGACUGCGACCCCAACGCUUUAGAUCAAACCAUUCGCUUGGUUUGCAUGAACGAAGACGAGGAGGCGUGCGGUCAUCUCUUCGCUCAUGGCGGGCCUCAGGACAAGGUCGUCCGUCUCCCUGAAUCCUGUGGCGCUGGACCGUUCGCCCGGAUCGCCCACUUGAGUACAGCGGAGGACCAGAGCAUACCUGCCCAUGUCAGCCCGAAGAUCGUCCGCCGAGAUGGCGCCACUCCUCAGGUAAUCUCGCUGGGUGUCGACGCUAACUGGUUAUCCAUCGAUACAGAGAAUCGCGGGGAGAUCCAAUUCCGCAUUGCUGGGAUCAACGGCGAGCUCCCGGCUGGGCACUUCCACGACGGGGGGCUACAUUCCCGCGAGGACAGCAAAACGUGGUUCCAGUCAGCACUGGUUAAGGUGGCCAAAGCCGCCGUGGUACUUGCAGAGCACCUCAAGGACAAGCCUUUCUUCGCUUCCGAUGCGAAUGGCGUCGAGGCGUCCAAGACCUUCGACAAGACGAUCCCUAUCUUCGAGAAGAAUGCAACAUGCGGGCCGCUGAAAGGCACCUUGAAGGUCGAGGUCGGUGCUAAAGGAAGCAUCAAAGGCAACAUCGGUUUCGUCGCUGCUGGGAAACUUGGCAAAGAACCGGAGACGGAUGACAUGGCAACGCUGUACCGCCUUACUUUGGAUGCCGACGCCAGCUUCACCGUCCUUGCUAAAGUUGCUGGAAAUGAAAAGCGUUCGAUUCACCUUCUUGACCUACCUCUCGGCCCCUUCUCCAUCCCCGGUAUCGCCAACUUCGGUCCUAAGAUCGUCCUGGAUGCUUUAGGAGAGGCCGAGCUACAGCUCACAUCAGACAGCGUCAUUGGGGGCAACUUCAACAUCGACCGCAACCAGCACGUCAAGGACGUGCUCAAGCAAGACGCUAUCACCCAACCGAGGGACUCCAAAUUCUCGCUAAAGGCAGCCACUAACAUCGCCGGCACCGCCAAAUUCAAGGGGCACCUCAUUCCCAAGAUCCUAGUCGACAUCACAGCCUUCGGACACUCGGCCGAUGUCUUCGCCAAAGUCGACGUCUGGGCCGCUUUGUACCUUCUCGCCAAAGGCCAUGCGUCGGCGUCCGUCAGCGGGAGCAAGAAGACGCGAGAGAUUGCGGACCGCGCGUACAUCCCACCGUAUGGCGUUGCUUCGCGUGACUUGGAUGGUUCGGACGGUUCGGUCGCUGGAAAGACGACGGCUGGGUUCACUGGGUCGGUGAUCAUCAAUGCGGGGGUGGAGGUGUCUGGCGGCGUCGAGAUUAAGGGCCAAGCCAUCGCAUUCUUCAAAGCCCUCGCUGGACUGAAACCGAAUGAGCCUCUGGGGCUCAGCGCGAAAGCAGGCAAGGCGUGGCAGCUCCUCAGUAAAGACUUUGGCGUUGGCCAAUACUCUGCCGAGCUGGCGGCCGUCUCGCACAAGCCUAUAAACACGUCCGGAGAUGCCUGCCUGAAGAAUAGUACCCCCGGCCCUUCCGAGGACGUUCAGACGCUGACCUCGCUCGCUGCAAAAACGUUCAAAGCCGUUUAA